CUCUUUCUCUUCGCUUCCCGUACACAACUCUUGUCAUUCCUCUCCAACCCUUCCUCUGAUUCAUCCGUUCACGUCUUCUCUACAUCCUCUUAUCCGCCACCGCUCCACAUCCCAUAUAUCCUCAUACCGUUUUCGAACGAUAUCGAUCCCUCAAUUCACCCGUCUUUCAUUACAUCCUUACACCACAGUCUCUACACGUUUUCAGACCUUGCGCCAUGUCUCAACUAAUUGCCACCAAGCGAGUUGAUCUUCUUGCCCCUUACCUCGCCCUUGAUCAGGGUUCUCGUGUUCAGGCCGAGUACAUCUGGAUUGACGCUGAGGGAGGUAUCCGAAGUAAGACCAUGACUCUCGAUAAGGCUCCUUCAUCUGUUGCCGAUCUCAAGGAGUGGAAUUUCGACGGUUCUUCUACCAACCAGGCCCCUGCUGAUAACUCUGAUGUCUUCCUCCGUCCUGUUGCCAUCUUCAAGGACCCCUUCCGAGGUGGCGCCAACAUUCUCGUUCUCUGCGAAUGUUACGACAACGACGGUACCCCUAACAAGUCCAACUACCGAGCUCACUGCAAGAAGGUGAUGGACGCCGCCAAGGACACUGAGCCUUGGUUCGGUCUCGAGCAGGAGUACACUCUUUUUGACGCCGAUGGUCAAGUCUUUGGCUGGCCCAAGAAUGGUUUCCCCGGUCCUCAGGGUCCUUACUACUGUGGUGUCGGUGCCGGCAAGGUGUUUGCUCGUGAUUUCAUCGAGGCUCACUACAGGGCUUGUCUCUACGCCGGUAUCAAGAUUUCCGGUAUCAACGCCGAGGUCAUGCCAUCUCAGUGGGAGUUCCAGGUUGGUCCUUGUACUGGUAUCGAGAUGGGUGACCAUCUCUGGAUGGCCCGAUUCCUCCUUCUUAGGAUUGGUGAGGAGUGGGGUAUCACUCCUUCUCUCCAUCCUAAGCCUCUGAAGGGUGAUUGGAACGGUGCCGGUUGCCACUCCAACUACUCCACCAAGGACAUGCGAACACCCGGUAAGGGUAUGGCUGCUAUCGAAGAUGCCAUCAAGAAGCUAGAAAAGAAGCACCUCGAACACAUCGCGGUUUACGGUGAAGAUAAUGACUUGCGGUUGACCGGCAAGCAUGAGACCGCAUCAAUGACCACCUUCUCUGCUGGUGUUGCCAACAGGGGUGCCUCUAUUCGAAUUCCCAGGCAUGUCGGUGCGCAGGGUUACGGUUACCUUGAAGAUCGUCGACCCGCCUCUAACGUUGACCCUUAUCGAGUCACAGCCAUCCUCGUCGAGACCACCGUUCUUAACAACUAAUCCUUCUUUCUCUAAAUUCCGAACCUAUCCUUUUUUUUUUCGCUUGUUUUAUUUUCUCGUUAUUCGUAGGCGUGAUAGGCGAUAUCGAUUGGAGAGCGGGGUUUGUCUGUUCACAGAUAAAGCUCUGGCUAGGUAGGGCAUGCAUACAGGUCUGAUUGAA